GCAACAGCAAACAGCACCGCUCCUGCAGCAGCGCCAAUGAGCUCUGGCAGCCGCCGUUUCGCUCACUUCCUCCAGGUGCUCUAUAGCCAAGCGAUCGGCCAUCUUGGAUCCAGCCAUCAGAUUUUUGUUUUACUCUGGAGCAACUGAGCCUGCAGCAGAGUGGACAUGAUAGGGAGACGGUGCGCGUCUAAUUCUGCGGACCCCACAGCGGCAAAGAGGCGGAUAUAUUCGGCUUUACACGAAGCAUCCUCCCCAUGCACGUUCCAUAUCCUUGCCUGAAUGCCGUGCUGUUAUUGCGGGCCUUUUAAGUGUUUUAGUCCUGUCAUUAGGCCAUGGGAGGAGGGGGGAAUCCUGACAACUAACGGAGAGAAAAGGUUUGAGGUUUAAAGGUAUAAACUGAUUUAAGCGAUUUUGCGGAAUGAGUGGCCUUUGCGGAAACGCUGUGCACGCUAGCUAGGGCAGCUACGCUCAAGGAUAAUGUGAGGCUAGUGCGGCUCUUGGCUUGUGCACAGUCGAUGUGCGACCGGGACUCCGCACAUUAGGUUACCCUACUGAAUUCUGGCUUUGGAUCUCGGUUCAGACUCAUAAUCGAGCCCAUGUUCUGCAUCUGCAAGCCCAGAACUGCCUAUCACCUUUCCAGCUAAGGUGCUGCACGAUCAAAUCUCUCCGGGGAACUGAUAAAAAUGUCAACGAGAACACCUUUGCCUACAGUCAAUGAGCGAGAGACGGAAAAUAUCGCCAAUGCGAAGAUGAAGGGCACGCACUCAGUCAAGAGGCACCGCAUCACUAUACACACCUCACAUGGCGAUGGACGAACUGAGGUCGUAGCGUUCUCGGGCCGCUCCGGUGCUCGCAGCCGCAACUCCACCUCCUCGGCCGAUGAGCAGCCACACGUCGGCAACUAUCGACUGCUCAAGACCAUCGGCAAAGGCAAUUUUGCCAAGGUCAAGUUGGCGCGGCACAUACUCACUGGCAGAGAGGUUGCAAUCAAAAUCAUCGAUAAGACGCAGCUGAAUCCCACCAGCCUUCAGAAGCUUUUCAGGGAAGUGCGCAUAAUGAAGAUUUUAAAUCAUCCAAAUAUCGUUAAGCUGUUCGAGGUCAUAGAGACAGAAAAGACGCUGUACCUGGUGAUGGAAUACGCCAGUGGAGGCGAGGUCUUCGACUACCUUGUCGCACACGGGAGGCUGAAGGAAAAGGAGGCCAGAGCUAAAUUUAGACAGAUAGUGUCUGCAGUGCAGUAUUGCCACCAGAAGCACAUCGUGCAUAGGGACUUGAAGGCUGAGAACCUGCUGCUGGAUGGGGACAUGAACAUCAAAAUCGCCGACUUCGGCUUCAGCAAUGAGUUCACGCUGGGCAGCAAGCUGGACACCUUCUGCGGCAGCCCCCCCUAUGCCGCCCCUGAGCUUUUCCAGGGCAAGAAGUAUGACGGGCCCGAGGUGGAUGUCUGGAGCCUGGGGGUCAUCCUCUACACGCUGGUCAGCGGCUCACUGCCCUUUGAUGGCCAGAACCUCAAGGAGCUGCGUGAGCGUGUGCUGAGGGGAAAGUACAGGAUUCCUUUCUACAUGUCCACGGACUGUGAGAACCUGCUAAAACGCUUUCUGGUGCUAAACCCUGUCAAGAGAGGCACGCUCGAGCAAAUCAUGAAGGACCGGUGGAUCAAUGCCGGCUUUGAGGAGGAUGAACUGAAGCCAUUCAUGGAGCCAGAGCUGGACAUCUCUGACCAGAAGAGGAUAGACAUCAUGGUGGGGCUGGGCUACACCCGCGAGGAGAUCCAUGACUCGCUGGCACGUAUGGUCUAUGAUGAGAUCACUGCCACCUACCUGCUGCUGGGGAGAAAGUCUUCAGAGCCGGAUGCCGCAGACUCUGGCACCAACAGCCACCUCUCAGUCCCCAAACCCAGACCCAACAGUGAGAUCAACGGCGGCCAGUCCCCCUCUCACCUGAAGGUGCAGAGAAGUACCUCCAGCCAGAAGCAGAGACGCUACAGUGACCAGGGUGAGAUGGCUGGCCCCCCUGUCACCUCGGCAGUAGGCUACACCAAGCGGAGCCCCACGAGCCCAGCUGAGAGUGACCUCAAAGAGGAUGUUGUGCCGCAGCCACGGAAGUCCAGCACGGCCGGAGGGCGUGGCCUGGCCCCCCCGAGCCCCAUGCUGGGCAAUGCUACCAACCCCAACAAGGCCGACAUUCCAGACCGCAAGAAGGGCUCCACUGCUCCCAGUGUGAGUGCCCCCCCAACUGCAUCACCGUGGCAUCAUCACGGCUGUUCAAGCAGCAUCACUUAUGGCUCAAAGGGAAAUUCAUCAUGGCAGCACGGAGUUAAAGGUAAUGCCGUAUCUGCCGGGAUGACGAGGCGGAACACGUAUGUGUGCAGUGAGAGGACACCUGCUGACAGGCACACCGUUAUUCAGAACGGCAAAGAGAACAGUGCCGUGGUACCAGCCAGCCAGCGGACAACAGUGGCCUCCACAAACAGCAUCAGUGGCACCACGCCCCCGGACCGGCUACGCUUCCCACGGGGCACAGCCAGCAGGAGCACCUUCCACGGCGGGCAGCUGCGGGAACGCCGCACUGCCACCUACAACGGCCCCCCGGUAUCGCCCACACUGUCGCACGAUGCCGCACCGCUCUCGCAGUCACGCAGCCGUGGCUCCUCCAACCUCUUCACCAAGCUCACUUCCAAGCUUACCCGCAGGGUCACUAUUGACCCAUCCAAACGGCAGACCUCCAACAAAUCAGGGCCUACCUGCCCCCCCGGCCCGGGAACCAAGACCCUUAAAUUCAUCUCUUGCAGAUUCACGAGCAGAAGAUAUAGAAAGUUGUAGAAAAUCGGAGAUGGAAAACUAGAGUAAGGGAACCCAUUCUUGCACCAGCGCCGACGACAUCCGUUGAAUUUUGGCUGGGGUUGUGUUUCCAGCCCCCCCAGAUAGAUGUCAGGCACACAUCUAUGGCCUCUAUGACAUCUGCAUGAACCCCUACCGUCACAGACCAAGGCCCACUGUCAGAGCCCUGGCACCUCUCGGUCACAUGGCCUUGUUAGCGGGCCUGAAGUCCGGUUCUGUCAAACAUAGAACCACAUACUAGGCAAGUGCACCAAGAACACAGUGCAGUGCACUAUAGCUGAAUGGGCCCCCCUCCCCCUGUGACUGGCAGACUCCGCCAAGUGGCUGAACGGAAGUCACACAUCUGGUAAUUUUUAGGUGGGAUGGCUAUGGAUGAUGUUGGGAUUUGUUCUCCAUGAAGAGGCCCUUUUUUUUCUGCAUGCUUCCUCUAUACAGACGACAUGUCCCAAGUCAACACGUCACCUUCUUUGCCCUCUGUGACUGGCCGUGUGCUCCACCGGGUACUUUUUAUUGUCACAAACGGUCACAUGAUCCGCUAAGGGAUGGAUUCAUCUUCCGGGGUCAUCAUGCCACGGAGGUGCUGCUUUGAGUCUCUCCAGUGAAUCCUUUCAGUGUCCCUGGCAUGCCUGCUCACGCUCUGGCCAGGUGGCCCUGCUGAUGGUGCUGGAGAUCCCUCUGGCUCAUACGGAGCCAGUGGAUAACAUGGGUUUUGUUAAUGUGGCCAAGCUGCAUACCCAGAUCCCUUCCUGGCACCUGGCAUGCAUCGCAAAACCUUCUGGGAAAUGUAGUCAAUGCAUGUAUGUGAUAUAGUUUUGGUUCCCACCAAUUCUGGUGUCCACUUUCUCCCAAACAUGGUCAGGCUCUUCCUUACUGGUGCCUCGGCCAUAGCUUUAAUGUGGACAUGUCUCCACCCCGACCCCCACCUCGACACUCCACAGACUGCAUGAGAUGCAUACAGAGUUGCUACUGAAGGUUUUGCAUGAAUAUCAAGUUAUGUCACGUGUGUGGUGUGGGUGAGUUUGCGUACAUAUUUCUCUUUCUGUGCGUGCAAGUGCGUUCAUUUACAUGUAUCACGUGUAUGUAUAUGUGUGCUGGUGAGAUGGCUGUUUUCUGUACACACAUUGUUCUUAUGCUGUUUCUCUUCAGUUAAAGAAGCAAGAAAGAGUGGUGGCCAGCUAUGCUGACCAGUGCAAUCAUGGUGCCCAGUACAGCCUUUUUGAAUCUGCCAUGUGCCAGACAAUGCCAUGUGGAGGCAUUACAGGUCAGAUGAGGGAGGGGCCUUAUUCCCCAUCACUCAGAAACCUGUUACUUCCUGCAUAAUUUGAGGCACCAAAUUUAGGCCCCCAUGAUGUGGACAUGAGCAGCCUUGGGGGACAGACUGGCUGGUAGCUUUCUUGGUUUUCUAACUCUGUAAACUGCCUGUCUGCUUCUUCUCUCUACUGUUGAAAUGUCUUCUGCCUUUACUGUAAUUUAAGCUUUUGUGUUCUCUCUCUCUCUCUCUCUCCCUCCCUCUCUCCCUCCCUCCCUCCCUCCUCCUGGGCUCUGUCAUCC